UUAGUUUAUUUUUUUAGUUUAUACAAAAUACUCGUCUAAUCAACACUAAAAAACACACGUAACGAAAAAUUUAUCAUCUCCACAAAACGAAAAAUAAUAAAAUAAAUAACAAUUGAAUUCUAAUUGAAAUGUCCUCUCCAACCAAAGAAGAAUUGAAAAAAUAUUACGAUGUUGCCUUAAACUUGGUAAUGAAAUGUGGCCCCAUAAUGCGUGAGGGUUACUUAAAAACAGAGUCAACUUUUGAAGUAAAAUCUGCCUAUUACGAUUUAGUUACGGUUUAUGAUAAACAAAUAGAAGAUCUUUUGAUAUCGGGUUUACAGGCCGCUUUUCCAGAAUCAAAAUACAUAGGCGAAGAAGAAUCGGCAGCCAACAAACGUCUAGCUGAGCUAACUGAUGCCCCAACAUGGAUUAUUGAUCCCAUAGAUGGUACUACAAAUUUUAUCAAUCGCAUACCACAUUGUUGUAUAUCUGUGGGUCUGGCCAUCAAUAAAGAGUUAGUUGUGGGUGUUAUUUACAAUCCCAUUGCCAAUGAAAUGUAUUCGGCCUGGAAGGGUCACGGUGCCUAUUUAAAUGGUCAACCUAUAGAAGUUUCCAAAAAAUGUACUUCGAUUAAAAAUGCAGUGGUUGGCUAUGAAAUCUCGUUGAUACAUGUCCCGGCCGUAAGAGAUAAAAAUGUUAAACGAUUGUGCAAACUGGCUUCAAAUGGUACCGGAACUCGUGGUUGUGGCAGUGCUGCUUUGACUUUGUGUUAUGUGGCCAAAGGUAGUUUCCAGUGUUUUCAUGUAGAGGAUUUACAGCCCUGGGAUAUUGCGGCCGGUGCGGUAAUAUUAACCGAAGCCGGAGGUGUUAUAACCCAUACAAGUGGGGCUCCUUUUAAUAUCAUGAAACCUGAUUUGAUUUGUGCCUCAACCGAGGAGCUGCUUAAGGAAGUUAAACAGCUAAUUGAGGAGGCCGAUGCCUUAACUCAUUUUGAAUUUAAAUAAUAUGUGUAUAUUUGUGAAAAUGCUUGAAUUGUAUUAAUAUCAAUAAAUGGAAAUUAUUGAGCUUCUUCACUCACCUAUAAUCUUAAA